AUGACAAGGAUCUCUGCUGAUGCUGAUCUUAUUGUCGAUGUGAUGCACUCUUGUAAUGCAUGGACUCCAAGAGAGCCUCGCCGUUACUGCCUUGUCGGUCCCCAACGAGUAAUCGUGACGGGUGCGGGAGGACAGACAGGACAGGCACUGUUUCGAAAAAUGCUAGAUUUGCCCGAUGAAUUCAUGCCUUUGGGAUUGUCCGCACCAAGAAAGCAAAGAAGCUUUGGUUCGUCGGGAGUUCCCGAGGACAAUGUGGCCGUGGUGGAUGUGUCGGGUUCUUCUUCUGGCAGACCAUUCAAGAGGCCAUUCAAUCCUUUUGUACCGACGAGAACCUCUCGCUGCUUUUUGCAUUGCCACAUCCGCCAAGCCUGCACCCAUUGGACAAGACGAGGAUGGAAAACCCAUUUUUGGAUUCCCCAACGGUGCUCCCGAACAAGUCGAUUGGAUCGGUCAACAAAAUCAGAUGAUGCGUGUCCUCCCGGAACCGCAAUUGUCGUCUGUAGCAGCAUGGGUGGAACCGAUCCCAGCAAUCGUCUCAAUGCAUUUGGCAGAGAAACGUUGGAAGAUGGAAGUCACAAGGGGGGUAAAAUUCUCUUGUGGAAACGCAAGGCCGAAGUCUACCUCAUGGACAAAUGCAAAAAUAAUGGCGACUACAGCUACACGAUUGUUCAUCCCGGUGGAUUGGUCAAUGAACCAGGUGGUGAACGGGAAAUCGUUGUGGGGUGGAUGAGAACAAACUGGACCGAAUCGAGAUCGAUCCCCGUGACGAUGUUGCUUCUGUGA